GGACGCAGUCGUAGCUUCAAUGCAACAGUGGACGGUUGUCAAAGAGAAACCACUCUGGGAAUGGGACCUAAAACCAGAAGCAAGACCAACUUUCCCUUCUUAAAGCUCUUCCACCACAGAAGACAACUCUUUAUCAAAAGGGAAUGAACUUUUCCUCUGUAGAGAAGAAGGAGCAGGUGUAAGAAAACUACAAAUGGGCUAAAUCAAAGGGUAUGGUUUUUAGUUUAACGUGCCAAAUUGGCAUCACGUUUGUAAGUCUUUGACUUUUAAGAAUAGAGCUGUUGGCUUUUAUGACAUGCUUUUAAACUAAGGUGUGGAGAUCCUAUAAAGGUUAUGCAGGUUCUAUCCCAGAAUAAAGCAACGGAAGUCUUUUGUUAGAAAGGCUGCGGUUUCUAAAGGUGCGUCUCUGGGGCCCUGGUGCAUGGCGCUGAAAGGUGUCGAAAAAAGCCAGAGAGAGCGUUGUUGGUUUUCAUCUGAGUUGCAAUGGCAAAGUGGUUCAAGGAGUUCCCCAUCAAUCUGAAGAAUGGCACCGACAGGAUCCGCUCAGCCUCCGAGUCAGGCUCCCAAACCUGCAGAGUCAAUAAAAGCGGACUGGUGGUCAGCAUCGGUACCAAAACCACUGGCUCUAAAGCGGCCCAUCGCAAAAACUCCUCCGCUGACGGCACAGGCGGCGGUGUUGGGUCUCUCCUGUCCGGAAGAAACCGUAAGAACUCGGCCGCAGACGGUGGGAGUUCACCCAAAGAAGGAAAAGUGUGGGAUAACCUUCUGUCUGGGAAGAGCCGCAAGAAUUCCAAAGCGGAGCCGGUGUUUGAGGACCAGCACAGGUCUGCUGUGAAGAGUUCCCCACCUGCCAGUGCUUACAUCAACCGGCUGAUCAGAGUGGACAAACAGGACAAAAGUCCCAACUUCAACAGUGGCACCAUCAGCAGAGAAGUGGCUCCUGAAGCAGAGAAACCGACAGUCCAGAGCAAAACAGAAACAGUGAUCAUUCUUGAGGAUUACGCGGAUCCCUUUGAUGCCCAGAAGACCAGAGAGAGGGAGGCAGAGAGGCUUGGAGAGAAUGACGGUUACAUGGAGCCUUAUGAUGCCCAGCAGAUGAUAACUGAGAUCAGACGUCGAGGGUCCAAAGACCUGCUGAAGGUCACCGUGCUGACCGAGGGCAGUGAGGUGACGGUGGAAGACGGCCAGCCUGGGCCUCUGCAGAUCUAUGACGUCCCAUAUGAGGGAAGUGGUGGUGAUGGCGACAAGGCCGCGGUGACACGGCCGGAUCUGGAUCCUCGUCCGCCCACGGAGUACGAACUGCCGUGGGAGUGGAAGAAGGAGCAUAUCGUGAGAACUCUGUCAGCACAGUUUGACAGUCUGGAGCGCUCAGUCAAAGAUGAGACGCCUCCGCCGACGCUCACCAGGCAGCCACAGCACCCGCCGACCCAGCCGCCGUCUCAGCAUCAGCAUCUGAGGCAGAAGAGCUGGACCCAGAAGAUCCUGCGAUCUUCACCCCCAACACUACUGUCAUCAUCCUCCACCACAUCAGCCAGCAGCCCUGACACUGACGCCCGCUGUGUGGACCCUUCCCUGCCCCUGGAAAAACAGAGCUGGUACCAUGGCUGUGUGACUCGACAGGAGGCGGAGUUUCAGCUGCAGUCCUGCAAAGAAGCCAGUUUCCUGGUCAGAAACAGCGAGUCGGACAACAGCAAGUACUCCAUCGCCCUCAAGACGAGCCAAGGCUGUGUGCACAUCAUUGUUGCUCAGACCAAAGAAAAUGGCUACACCCUGGACCAGAGCAGCUGUGUGUUUCCCAGCAUCCCAGAGGUGGUGCACCAUUACUGCACUCAGCGUUUGCCUUUCAACGGAGCCGAGCACAUGACUCUGCUGCACCCAGUGCCUCGCGUCCACUGACCCCAGCCCGGCCCAGCCCACAUUAGGUAUACAAAACAAACACACCUCUGGGCCUGCAUGGAUGAAAUGUUUCCAAACAUCAGUCAUAAUAACCUCAUUCCUGAUCAGUGAAGCUCAAUGUGUACCACUGUACUCUUGUGUUUUUGAAACUACAUUUUAUGUGACAUAUUUGCAGCUCGUUCUUUGUUUGGAACUCCAGAUGGCUUCUUUUAUUUGUUUACCUGGGUGUUUGGCUGAUGCAAAACACCCAGGUUGUCGUCGUGCAGGUGAUCAGGCACUUUUAUUGAUUCAAUGUGACGUGGGGAUGGAUUUAAAGGCGACUCAAACAGAAAUGUGAUGUUUUUUUAGUUUUUUUUUAAUGAUCCACUGUGGCUCUAGUAACAGAUAAAUGUGUUACUUAUUGUUGCAAAGUUCCAUUUAUAAAGAAGUACUAUCGCUCUCGCUCCCUCUGGUGGGUGUGCUGCUACACUGCACCAAGUUGCCAAAACAAGUCCUUGAAGUUCCAAGUUGCUAAAAUCCGUGCAAAUAGGCGUAUUAUUACACUUAUCAAUGAAUGAUCAAAGUCCAGUUGUUUUAUCAGUUAUUGUAUGCCCAUAGCAGUUUUUUAUAACUUAUCCCCUGUACUUGUAACCGCUGUCUGUCCCUCGAGGCUUUCCUCUGUAUUACUGUGAAUGAGGCCAUUGUUUCUACCGUAUUAUCUCCACUGUGAAGAGUGAGUGAUUCACCAAAAAUGCAAUGUGGUUGAAGGAGGAACGGCUGCACAACAGUUGAAGCCUUUUAAUGUCAUGAACUAAACUGGUUUCAUCUCUGGUGUUCAGAUAAUCAUUUCAGAUAAUCAAGGAAGCAUUUGAUUCAUUUUCAAACUUGUUAACAAAUGUCUUUCAUUUACAGACCUGGGUACAUUUAAUGAAUGACAUUUAUUGCAGUAGAGGAAACAAAGAAAAAAGGUUUGAGUACAACAUUAGCAUAAAAGAAACCAGUUUUGUCAAAGCUUAAUUGCUGUUCUUAAGACCAUGUUGCCAAAAAAAAAAGAAAAACAAUGUUGCAAUCACUUAAAGAAACAUUGUGUAACUGUGCUGGACAUGCUGUUGAUGUAGCAAACACACCAUAAUUCCAUUAAACCAAAAUUGGUUUCUGGAAGUUUUUUAAAAACAUUUGUUGGUCCUGGUUGCCAUCAUUAAAAUCUCUUUCACAUUAAAGAUUUGUGAGUGUACUACACCAACCGGUAAAAGAUGAAUGCACACCGUAGCUUUGCACCAGGGGUGUUGCAUCACUAGCAAAAAUAGAGCAGACAAAGACAUUUGUGUGUUUCAAUAAUGCAGAACGCGGCUGAAACACAUGCAUUACGGAGUCAAUUGACCCUGAAUUAAAUAUCAAUUUAACUCAUUUCCACUGGUUAAAAAGAAGACAUAAAGGUGGUAUUUCAUAUCAAGUUACACACUUUUCAUAGAGUUCUUACCACGUCACAAAACAUACAUGUAGAGCAAGGUCAGAGGUUCAGGUUCACUUCAGGUCAAUCACCCAUAAAAAUGAAUUGAAGCUGUUAUUUAAAUAACAUGUUACAUAGUGUUGAUUUCAGGUGUAAAUGUGGAACAGCAAAAUAGGAAUUCCAGUCACUACAUAAUUUUUUGUUUUUUUACUUUUAUAUUCCAAGUCUAACUCAAAACACUGUAGUCGACAACGUGGCCCAAAGUUAGGCACAAGUUGUAUGUAAAUAAGGUUUUGUUGUCUCAUGUUUUUGGCAGUUUGCCGUUGCCAUGUCUUUUCAGUGGUGAAGGAAAACCGGUUUGUUUGUUUUUUGCCAGUGCUCACAUAACAGUGAAACCAGGUGACACACCUGCCAUCCAAUUUUCACCAUUGUCUUUCGAUAUGUGGAGCCCUGAUGUUCAAACAUUGUGAAGCGAUUCAAAUAAACGCUAACUUGAAUGUUAA